CCACAGCUCCGCCCCUGGUUGAAACUCUUUACAUAGGAAACUUGUAAACCACAGCAUAGGAAGGCAGAGAAAAGACUGGGUUGGAGCGGGGUGAGAGGAAAAGAGGUGGUUGGAUUAAUGAGAGUGAUGGUAGUGAUGGUGGGGGUGGUGCAGGCCACGGCCUUCUAUGGGGUUAAUCUGAAACAUAAGAAUAAGGAGCACCGUAACGCUUAUGCAACGGUGUACAUGGGGACACCCAGAGACUAUGAGUUCUACGUGGCAACACGUGUGUUGAUCAGAUCGCUUAAUAGGCUCCAAGUGGACGCUGAUCUCAUCGUCAUUGCCUCCCUUGACGCUCCCCUCCGCUGGCUUCGUGCUCUAGAAGAAGAAGAUGGGGCAAAGGUGCUGAGAGUGGAGAACGUUAAUAACCCUUACAAGGGUCAACAGAGAUUCAAGUUAACACUGAACAAAUUAUAUGCAUGGAGAUUAGUGGACUAUGACGGAGUUGUCAUGCUAGAUGCUGACAAUCUCUUCCUCCACAAAACUGAUGAGUUGUUCCAAUGUGGCCAGUUUUGUGCUGUCUUCAUUAACCCCGGCAUCUUUCAUACUGGCCUCUUUGUGUUGCAGCCAUCGUUGGAGGUAUUCAAAGACAUGAUUCAUCAACUGGAAACUGGUAAAGCAAACCCUGAUGGUGCAGACCAGGGGUUUACUGGUGCCUACUUCCCUGACUUGCUGGACCAGCCAAAGUUCUAUCCCACCUUAGAUGGGCACUACAGACUUCCCAUGGGCUAUCAAAUGGAUGCCUCCUAUUACUAUCUUAAACUUGGUUGGAGAGUACCAUGUGGACCUAACAGUGUGAUCACUUUUCCUGGUGCUCCAUGGUUGAAGCCAUGGUAUUGGUGGUCUUGGCCUGUCCUUUCCUGGCAUGAAAAUCGUCGUCAAACUCUAGGAUAUGCAGCUGAAAUGCCCAUUGUGAUGAUCCCAUCGGUAAUCUUUCUCGGAAUCAUCACGAUGACACGUCUAGCUCGCCCCAGCAUCUCCAAGCUGUGUUACCGGAAUACAGAUAAAAGCUCAUCUUUGAUGCAAACAGGCCUGAAGUUUAUAGCAAUAUGGUCAAUUAUUGCAGCCUAUAUAGUUCCCUUCGCCAUCAUUCCUCGUACAAUUCAUCCAUUAGUAGGGUGGACAUUGUAUUUCCUUGGCUCGGUUACUCUUUCAUCUGUAGCAAUUAAUUCAUUUAUGCUGCCAGUGGUUCCAAUUUUGGUUCCUUUGAUAGGGGCUCUGGGGUCACUUUUGGUGAUGGCAUGUCCUUGGUACCCCUAUGGAGUUACAAGAGCUUUAGCUGUUUUCGGCUAUGCAUUUUGUUAUGCCCUUAUUGCUUGGGGUUCAAUGGUUAAGGUUACGGCACGACUUCAGGUCUCACUUGAAAAGAGAACAAAUUUUCCCAAAAUUGGGUGA